UCAAAGGUUUCCAGCCACACGCUCGCCUCGCAUUCCCUCACAGUCACACCGAGCUCUGGGAUUCUGAGGAACACCGUGUGCCAGCAUCUGAUUCACAGUCUCCUUUUACCUGCAGGUGUUCCAGAAACUUCAAAAUGCGUCUGGAAGAACUGAAAAGAUUGCAGAAUCCUUUAAAACAAGCUAAUGAUGGAAAAUAUUUACUUGAAAAUCACCAGCUGGCCAUGGAUGUGGAGAAUAAUAUUGAAAAAUAUCACCUUAAUCUACAGCCCUUGGAAUCAAAGGUUAAAAUCAUCCAGCGAGCAUGGCGCGAGUACCUCCAGCGGCAGGAUCCCCUGGAGAAGAGGAGCCCAUCCCCGCCCUCCCUGUCCUCCGACAAGCUGAGCAGCUCUGUCAGCAUGAAUACCUUCUCGGACAGCAGCACACCCGAUUACCGAGAGGAUGGGAUGGAUCUAGGCAGUGACGCCGGCAGCAGCAGCAGCAGCAGCCGCGCCAGUUCACAGUCCAACUCCACCAAAGUGACCCCUUGCUCCGAGUGCAAAUCCUCGUCGUCGCCGGGGGGCAGCCUGGACUUGGUGUCUGCCCUGGAGGACUAUGAGGAGCCCUUCCCGGUCUACCAGAAGAAGGUGAUUAAUGAGUGGGCGCCGGAGGAGGACGGGGAGGAGAAGGAAGAGGAGGACGAGCGCGACGAGCGAGGAUACCGGGAUGACCGCUGUCCGGCCCGGGAACCGGGGGACGUGAGCGCCAGGGCCCGCAGCGGCGGCGGGGGCAGAGGCGCCACCACCGCCAUGCCACCCCUGCCCAAUGGCAACCUCCACCCGCACGACCCCCAGGACCUCAGGCACAAUGGCAACGUGGUGGUGGCCAGCCGGCCGGGUGGUUCCCGGCCCCCCCGCCGGAUGGUCCAGAAGCCUCAGCCGGCUGGGGGCCGACGCGGCGGCCGGAGCCCGGCGGUCGGUGGCCUGUGCCCUCAGCCCACGGACAGCGGGACCUGUGUCCCGGAGGAGCCCCCAGUGCCCCCUAUGGACUGGGAGGCGCUGGAGAAGCAUCUGGCUGGGUUGCAGUUCCGGGAGCAGGAGGUGCGGAACCAGGGCCAGGCGAGGACCAACUCCACCUGCGCACAGAAAAAUGAGAGAGAAUCUAUCCGACAGAAGUUGGCACUUGGAAGCUUCUUUGAUGAUGGCCCAGGAAUUUAUACCAGCUGUAGCAAAAGUGGGAAGCCAAGUCUUUCCUCCCGCCUGCAGAGUGGGAUGAACCUGCAGAUAUGCUUUGUCAAUGACAGCGGCAGCGAUAAGGACAGUGAUGCUGAUGACAGCAAGACGGAAACCAGUUUGGACACCCCCCUGUCUCCCAUGAGCAAACAGAGUUCUUCCUAUUCUGAUAGAGACACUACUGAAGAGGAAUCUGAAUCCCUGGAUGACAUGGAUUUCCUCACAAGGCAAAAGAAAUUGCAAGCUGAAGCCAAAAUGGCCCUGGCCAUGGCCAAACCAAUGGCCAAAAUGCAAGUAGAAGUGGAAAAACAGAACAGGAAAAAGUCUCCCGUCGCUGAUCUCCUGCCACACAUGCCUCAUAUAAGUGAAUGCUUGAUGAAAAGAAGUUUAAAGCCCACUGACCUGAGAGACAUGACUAUUGGGCAGCUACAAGUGAUAGUCAAUGAUCUCCAUUCCCAGAUAGAAAGCUUGAAUGAAGAGUUGGUCCAGCUGCUCCUCAUCCGGGAUGAGCUGCACACGGAGCAAGACGCCAUGCUGGUGGACAUCGAAGACUUAACCAGACAUGCCGAGAGUCAGCAGAAGCACAUGGCAGAGAAAAUGCCUGCAAAGUGAAAAGAAGCCAUCCAACCAGAGGACAAGCUAGAAUUUCUUUUGCUUCUGUGGUUGUAAAAGUGCUGUUGCUAAAGGUGGCGCAGAAACAAACAUCAGUGUUAGUCAUUGAUAAUGUCUGAAGCUUAAUGUCCAGUGAUUGGCCUUUGCUUCUUAAUUUAUUUUAAUUUUUGUACUGUGCCACUAAAUAUCAGGCAUUUUAAAAAAAUACUGUUACAAACACUGUACAGGACUUACACCAUCACAAAUCAUGGUUAAUCAAAAGAGGGUAGUUUUAACUUUAUUUUUAUUUGUUUAGAGAUUUUGAGUUGGAGCAGUAUUUUACCAUUGACUGCUUUCAUUCUUCACUGUAGUUUUAAAGAAGAACUGUAAAUGACGGUGCUAUCCAAGUCAAAAAAUACAUGCCUGCCUCGUAGUGAAGUUGUAGCUCUCCGUAAUAUGUACAUUUGAAUCAGUUUUCAACAUUUUGUGAAUGUUGACUACCUGAAGUUCAUUUUUAGAUGUGCUAUUAACAUUCUGUUGGAUUCAGAGGGUUCCUUAAAAGUUUUAUGUAUAAAUAUGUAAAAUAAAAAUUAAAACUUUGUUUCA